UUUCCCCAAUCUUUCCUGAGCCAUUAGCCAAUAGCAUAUCAACUCCGCGAAAGAGGAAUUAGGGUUUUUAAUUUCAAUUCAAUAAGAUACAAAUUCAUGCUAAAUUGUUAAACCCUAAAUCCUGAUAUUCUUCAAUAUACUCAAUUUCUAGCUUCAAUAACAUCUUCAAUUGGAGAAAAAUAGGAGAUUCGUCCUUCGCUGGUACCCUAAUUUGAGAAAUAAUGGUCUAUUCAUGUGCUGGGCGCUAAUUGAUGGAUCCAGACAACAAGACGUUUGGAAGAGGGCCAAGAGAACUUACAGGCGCUGUGGAUCUUAUUUCUCACUUCAAGCUGUUGCCCCAUCACGAGUUCUUCUGCAAGAAGCCUCUUCCAUUGUCAAUUUCAGACACACACUACCUUCACAAUGUGGUGGGAGACACAGAAAUUAGGAAAGGGGAAGGGAUGCAGUUGGAUCAGCUUAUUCAGGAUGCUUCGUCUUCAAAAGAGACAAAGUCACGCAUCGAACCAUUCGACUUAGAUGCUCUUAGAGAAGCUUUUCAACUACGUGAAACAGCUCCAAUUGAUCUGCCUCCUUCUGAGAAAGGAAUCUCCACUGUAGCUGGAAAGUCUAAAAGUGAGUCGAAAGACAAGGAGAAGAAGCAUAAGAGGCACAAGGAUAAAGACAAGGAGAAGGACAGAGAACAUAAGAAGCACAAACACCGUCAUAAAGAUCGAAGUAAAGACAAGGAUAAAGAGAAAAAGAAAGAUAAAACUGGCCAUCAUGAUUCUGGUGCUGACCAUUCAAAGAAACAUCAUGAAAAGAAAAGGAAGCAUACUGGCGAGGAGGAUCUUGAUGAUGUUCACAAACACAGGAGAAACAAGCACAAGAGCUCGAAGAUUGAUGAAAAUGGUGCAAUAAAGGUUGCAGGCUGAAUAUUGCAUGUACUACUAUAAUUUAUUGUCCUCAGGCGUUGCAGUGAAGAAUUUGGAGGGAUCCUUAUCUUACUAUUUUGAAAUAUCCAAGCCUCUGGACUAACUAGAGAAUGCCAAGAGGAUGAAUUCACCUGUUGAAGUAGAUUUUAGUCAAACGUACAAACUGCUGAAAGACAACCCCAUUGUAUCAUAUUAAAGGGGCUUCUUUAGUUAGCAAUGACAUUGAAAACCUUGAUCCCCUCUUUUGGUUGUCUUACCUUACAAUGAUUAAUUAUUCGUUCUUCCGUUCCCCAUCUUCCGGGGGCUCUAAUAUCGAUUCUUAGUCUUAACCAGUUGCGGCAUUGGCUUAAGAUGAUCGUUGGUCAGAUCUCGUGUCAUUUAUCAAGCUUUAGUGCGACUCAUCAGCAUUUAAACAUCGAAAGAGGGAGAAAGCGGGGCAAGACUAGGUUUUUAAGGAUGUAGGAAUAUGUAUUGUAUGAGGAAUUGUAGUUGCUAGGAUUGAAGUUUUUGUUGUAUAUUCUUGGAUAAAAUGAAAUCAAUAUAUUCUUUCAGACGCGGUAAUGCUCGAGAUUUAUGUGUGCUCCAGAACUUUGUUCAGCUAAUAAUUCUUAAUGUAUCACUAGUGAUAAACAUGUAAAAUUUUGGCACUUGUUCUAA